CUGGAAAAUAAAAAUAAAAAUUUUGUUAGUGAUGUUUCUGCGUUUCUUUUUUGACCGCUUUUUUCACUUUGGACUGCUACACAAUUUAUUUAAUUGGAAAGUUACGCUAAUAUUAAAAGUGGCAUUGACGCGGUUCUCUGUUUCAAAAUUUAGGAGUUGCAAGGUUUCGUUGCUUUAUGAUUUAGCACAUAAUUUUCGAAUUUGAGUACAUAUAUUAAUGAGGGAAAAGUUGUGUUUUGAACAGUAGAAUACAUAGUAAAAUCUUGUUUCUUUUCAUUUUGGAAUGUGAGAUUUUAGUGUUAAAAGAGCUGGAUUGGUUCCACGAUGUUCUUUUUUGUGCUUCUUUCUUUGUUGGUUAAUUCCGUGCUUGUUUCUUCUUUUUCGAUAUGCUUAAUAAAUAGAACUUCCUUAACUUUCAUUUUUAAUUUCAAAAGAUGAAUCUUCCAUUACCUAUUUUUGUUGCCGAUUCUUUCUCGUUUAUUAUCAAGAUUUGAUUCCUUUGUUCUAAAUAAAUGAUAGUCCUUUUCAUGAAGUGAUUUUUCCCCUUUUUUCUACUUUGGUGUCUCCGUGUUCAAUGCUCGUUGUCCACCAAGCACACAUAUCAAGUUGUUAUAAGAAUCCCUCAUCUAUAUUAUCAUCAUGUCUAUCUUUUGUACUUACGAUAAUGUUCAUGUCUAUUCCCUUCCUCAUUGAAAAUAUUAAGGGAAAAUGUCAAUGUGUAAGUCAUUGGAUGGCCACUGUGAAAGCCCUUCUUUCACGGCUAAAUGGAGGUUAAGAAUAUUUUUUUUCAUGUAAUUACAGAAAAGCCCACAGCACAUGAAUGUGAUUUCACUCACAUAAAUGGGUAAAAUGGGUAUCUUAGUCAUUUACAAGAUGAAGAUUUGGACGUGUCUUUAAUGGGGUGUCCUAUCAGUAGAACGUGCCUCUUAAAUAUUCUCUGGGAGUUUUUGACACAAAGUUCUAGUCAUUCAUAUCAUCAGCUAAUAAAAAGAUACUUUUGUCUUUUAGAGCGUGAUUACGAUAUCAAAUUACACAGUCCUUGUGGGUCAGGGAGCAUUCAAGUAGCAAGCAAGGUCCUAAUUAUUAACCCCUUUUACUUUCCUGGAACACAAGGCAGUUAAGCCAUGCAGCAGACCCCAAAGACAAAAAGUAACUCCUCUGAAGUGCCUCAGAAAGUGUCCCCUCGUGGUGGUGGACGCCAACUCAGGCCUGCCACACUAGAUACUGCAUCUUCAUCAAACCAAGCUCACAAAACUUCAAAGGAUCAUAGAAGUCCUAAAGUGACUGAGCGCAGAUCACCCAGAAGUCCAGCUCCAGAGAGGAAGCGUCCUAGCAGAAUAUCUGAAUUAGAAUCUCAGAUUUCUCAACUCAAAGAGGAAUUGAAGGUUGUGAGGAACCAGCUCAGUUUGUCUGACUCAUCCAAGAAGCAAGCUCAGCAAGAUGCAGAAGAGUCCAAGAAACAACUAUUUGACGUAUCUGUGGAACUUGAAGAAUCUCAACAGCAACUUCUGAAGUUCUCUGCUACUGAACAAGCUCGUGUUAUUGAGCUCCAGAAAACUAUAGAAGAGCAUGAUAAGGCGUGGCAAUCGGAACUCAAGGCUGCCCAACAGAAGCUCUCAGACAACACUUCUGCACUGACCUCUGCUAUCGAUGAAAUUCAGCAGCUCAAGGUUCAACUUGAAUUGGUAGCUAAUUGUGAGAAUGCACACACCCAAAUUGCAGAAUCAUCGGACGUGGAAUUACUGAACUUGAAGGAUAACUUGGCAGAAUCACUUUCCCUUGUGGAGAACAUGAAAAAUCAACUCCGGGAUUCUAAAGAGUCAGGUCAGGCACAAGCUUUGGUCAACGAGACUUUGCGACAACUUGAAGCUGCAAAAAGAACUGUUGAGUUCCUGAGAGCUGAUGCUGCAAAAGCUGUGCAUGGCUACAACUCUGCUGCUUCGGAAUUAGACCAAUCUAGAACACGGGUGGACACACUAGAGACACUAGUCAGUAAACUUGAGUUUGGCCUCAUUAGUAACAAAGGCAACCAUUCUUUAAAUGUUGCAGAUGAUGGGAACAUGGAGCUGAAAGCUGAGAUAUCACAAAAGGGUGAGGAUCUUAAUCACACUGAAGCAGAAAUUUAUUCUUUGAGGUCUUCCAUAGAGACUGAUGACGAGACUAAGCACCUGGAAGAACAUAUUCAGUGUUCAGUGAAGCUCAGGAAAGCCUAUGAGUUGAUUGAGCAGAUAAAAUCAGAAUCAAGCCAGAGAGAAUCCGAGCAAGAGGUAGAAUUGAAAAGAAAGAAUGCUGAUAUUGAACAUUUGAAGGCUAACCUAUUGGAUAAGGAAACUGAGUUGCAGGGCAUUGUGGAGGAGAAUGAGAAGUUGAAUUUGCAGCUUCAAAAGAGAAAUUCAUCCCAAAGAGAGCUUGAACUUAAAAAGGAGCUUCGAAAACUAGAUGAAUGUGUGGCUGAGUUAAAGGGUGAUCUAAUGGACAAGGAAACAACAUUGCAAAACAUAUCAGAAGAGAAUGAAAUGCUGAAGUUGGAGCUUCGUAAGAGGUUUGGACACGGUGGUAAAGUGGGGGUGGAAGUUGCAGCAGAACUUGAGGCUGCUAAGGCUGCCGAACGUGAGGCUGUUAUGAAACUUGGUAUUUUGAUGGAAGAUGCAGAAAGGAGCAACCGAAAGGCGGAGAGGGUGGCUGAGCAGCUAGAAGCGUCUCAGGCAGCAAAUUCAAUAGUAGAAGCUGAACUGAGAAGAUUGAAGGUGCAGUCUGAUCAAUGGAGGAAGGCUGCAGAAGCAGCUGCUGCUAUGCUCUCAGCAGGGAACAAUGGGAAGCUGACUGAGAGAUCAAUGUCUUUAGACAACAACUAUAACUCUAUGAUGAAUAAGUACUCACCUUUCUGUGAAGAACUUGAUGAUGAUUUUCAGACCAAGAAAAAUGGCAACAUGCUGAAGAAGAUUGGGAUCUUGUGGAGGAAACCUCAAAAAUAGUCACUGUUUGGUUUAGACCACUUUCUAAUGUUGUAGUGCAAUGUAAUCUUAUGUUACUGCAAUGUUUAUGUUAUGCAAUUUUGUCUGAUCACAACAUUUCUCCUUGUUUGGUGAACAUGGUCUACUACUUCUGCCUUGUAUUCUAUUUAUUUAGUUAAGCCCUUUUAUAUGAUCUACCAUUUCACUAUCUAGAAAAUCCAGGAAAUUAUAUUUUCUCUGUGACUUUGUAGUAUCAGGAAGCAUUGAUUUUAUAAUCUGUCUCAA